CUCGCUAUCAGUGUUUGUCUUAAUGCCGACAAGACAAUGCGUGUUUUGUGGUUAUAUUUGCUUGUGAAUACUGUGACCACCCAGGCCGGCUUCGGAAGGUCUUACCUGGGUAACUCGAGACUGUGCCACACAUGGAACUGUCUCAACCAGCACCUCAAUCUGACCGACGCCUUGCCCCCUCGCGACCAGUAUGCUGCAACCAUCAGGGCGUUACUGCCGGGGUCCUGGAGUGACACCCUGGAUGUCGCCCUGGACGUCUGCUACGGGAACAGGACGAGGAAGUAUACUAAUACCUGCCCAGGACAGGCGCUGCUGCAUUGUACGGUUGAUCAGUUGAUACAGAACUGUCCAUCAGAGAGCUGGGUAAAGCCAGAUGGGUGUACGCCACUUUCAUCAGUCGCCGCCUUCCCCUACAUGUUCUCGCAGAGUCGCUACAUCAAUCUUGCAGAAAAUCUACCAAUUGAACGCCGUCCAACAUGGUUCUUGACGAAUUACUUCAAUACAAAAUGCUGCGAGCUGCCCCAGCUGUUUCCCGACAGUGUGCUGCAGCGGUGUAACUUCAGCCAGUUCAUGUUCUACCACGUGCAUCAGCCGCAGAGAGCCAGCGUGGGGUUUGAGAUUAAUAGACAGGUAGCGUUAGAACCACCGUUCGGGAAAGCUGGAAUCCGAAAACCACAUCAUCCUCCAGUGUUCCCUACUUCAACGCCAUCUGAAGUGCAACAUGCUACUAAAGAUGAAAAUGAAAACCUCGAUCCGCUCUCAUGCUGCGAUAUGUCGGAGUUCAUCAGACCGGAGUGGCGGGCGCGGUGCGGGUUCGAUCUCCGGUGGGGGCCCAACAGGCUGGAUAUAGCCAGUCCCCCUGUGGUGACCACACCAGCACCGACGAUGUCGACAGUGAAGACUUACGAUGUAAAGAUUGUGCCGUUGAAGUGCCACACACAGGACUGCAUCUACAGAAGGCUGGGCAUCAUAUCUGACAAUGGCGUUGACAUCGAAGGUUUCGCCAAGCUGUUGGACAAUAUGACUGACCACAACCCCGAAUGGUCCAAAGCCAAGGCCAGGGUGGUCACUAAAUGCCUGAGUAAGCCCAUCCAGGGUUAUGAUGCCGAGUGCCCCCUUAGCCCCAUAUUGGGAUGCACAGCUGAUAUACUUUCGGAGAAUUGCCCCAAUGCACCAAAAAAUGACCCAUGCAAAUACGGCGGACAAGUGCCGGACGGCAUAACUUGCCAGAUCAGUGCCUCGUUGUACAGACCUAAGAACCGUCGCCAGUUCUGUAGCCUUCCCAACUUGGUGUCGCUCGCUGACCUGGACCGCUGUAAUGUCGUCUGGACCUGGCGCCAGCAGAACGUACCCGCCCAGCUCAAACCUACCACCAAGAAGUGGGCUGCUACGAGCAAUUGCAAAGAAUUGACGGAGUCCACCACCUGUCUGCUCUCGCAGAUGGGUGUACUCAACAAGUACGGUUUCCUUGACUACUUUAAGAUGAAGGACAGGAUACGGGAGUUUAGCCACGAGAACUGGUCUCAGUUCGGCGUGUAUAACGCGGCGUUUCAGAGCAUGCCCCUCUACCGUGAGUACUGCAGCUCGCCGAAAAAGUUGCUCAAUGUGCUGGACGCUAUGCUGAUGACGUGUCCAGCAUCGAAACGCAGCAACUCGCGGCAGUGUGCAGCAAUGUUCAACGAAAUGUCAAACUUACACAACGUGACACAACAGAAACUAGACAACAUCAUGAGCCACUUACAAAAUAUAUUCAUUCCCCCGCCACCGCCGCAGAAAUUAAAAAGAGUAACCAUCAAAACCAACGCCAUCUAUGAUUUCGGUAUUUUCAACAAUGACGACGUGCCACCUGUUAAGCUAAUAGAUGUGAAACCGAAGAAUAAGCCGUUAGUACUUAUACCAGUCUACCAAAGAAUCAAGUAUCCGUUGCACCAAGUUAACAAUGACGGUGUUUUUCGGGGCGCUGGGAAUAUUAAAGUUUAAUUAGUUGUCUAGUACCAGCGGUUGCGACGUUAAAAAUCACGAAUAUUAUAUUGCUAUCUCUUUUUCAUACGCUAUUGAGCAGGAUAGCAUUAUUUUUCAACAAAAAAAAAAUAGUGAUACUGCCGCAAUCAGACAUUUAAUUAGAUAUGAUUAACCUACAAUUUAAUGAAGAGUUUGACAGAUAAUUUUAUGCUAAAAUUUUUAUUUAAUAACGUUUAAGUAAUUAAUCCUCUGAAUACGGCGGAUAGGUUAAUUCCUAAAUUUCCAGAUAUUUUAAUUUUUUAGAUUUAAGAAAAAAGGUUUUUAAGGGUUGUGUAAAAAGUUUACGUUACACUUACUACAUGGCGUUGUAACCAACAAAAUAUUAGCGACUACAGCGCCUCUAUCGUGGAUAAAACCAAACUUUUUGUUAUGGUAAAAAUGUUUUUAUGUAAAAUCGAUUCCUUGCAAUGGAUGCGUGCAAUAAUAAUGUGUCUAAUAUAAGUAAGAAGUUUGUUAUAUUUUUGCGAAAUAAACAACAUAAAACA